CAAUCGCAACUGGACGCUUCAGAUUAAAGCGCUGGAAUGUAACGUUGUAUCAUCGGCGUAGCAAAAGCGUUUUCAAUGUAGCGAGGAACAGAAAAACGUGUCGGUUUGUAAUGUAUUUACGAGAGGUUACAAAAGAACGGCACGACUGUAAAGACAACCAGCCUUUGGAGGAUUUAUCAGAGAAAAAGAUGUGAGAAUACACGGAUUUGUGGGGAUUUAUCCGCUCGGGAAGUUUGUGACAGGGUCUUUCUGACUCACGCGCAUCACAUGAGAUCCAUCUCUUGGACAUUUCUCUGGCUGCUUCUGCCGUUUGUGAUUUCUCCACUCUGGAUUCGAAGAAGUCUUCUCUGAAAGUACUUUCUGAUGGUUUUCAUCGAUCCAGCACAAUCCCGAUGGCCAGCAGGGUUCAGAUGUCAUCUGUCAGUAGUUUAGAUACUGUCUAACGCGAACCAGGCACCGGAGAGGAGGGAAGUAGAUCCAUAAAAAGGGUUUAAGGUUAAGUCGCCCACAUGCUCUGGAUUUGGGAUUGGAAUCACAAGGUGGAAGUUGAGAGCAUCAAAUCCCUGCAGGUCUGUGGAAGAUGCUGUCCAGCAGGAGUUGAGAUCUUUGGAUUCAUCAGCAACCAGCUCCAUCUGGAUCUAAGGACACAUGCAGGCCAAAAAACGCUAUUUAAUUCUGUUCUCUGCAGGUGUGUCUCUCAUUCUCCUCUUUUACCUGCAGGGACCAGCUUCCAGAGGGACUCCAAACCGAGGGGAUGAGCCCCAUCCACACUGGCCCCACUUCUCAGAGCCCUUACGUGCUUUUAUUCCUUGGGAUCAGACCGAAACGGAGGACUACAAUGUCCGUGUUUCUCCGAGAUACAAAAGAGAUGACAACUCUGGAGCUCACAAGUGCAGAAUGGACUCCUGCUUUGACUUCUCCUUGUGUAGGAGGAAUGGCUUCAAAGUCUACGUCUACCCUCAACAGAAAGGUGAGAAGAUCUCAGAAAGCUACCAAAACAUCUUGUCCUCCAUUGAGGGCUCCAGAUUCUACACUUCUGACCCGGGACAGGCUUGCCUCUUUGUAUUGAACCUUGACACCCUGGACCGAGACCAGCUGUCUCCUCAGUACGUCCACAACCUCAAAACCAAGAUCCAGAACCUGAACCUGUGGAGGAACGGGAGGAACCACCUGAUCUUUAACCUGUACUCGGGCACAUGGCCGGAUUACACGGAGGAUUUGGGGUUUGAUAUUGGACAAGCCAUGCUGGCCAAAGCCAGCAUCAACACUGAGAACUUCAGACCCAAUUUUGACAUCUCCAUCCCCUUGUUCUCCAAAGAUCACCCCCGGACUGGAGGAGAAAGGGGGUAUUUAAAAUACAACACCAUCCCUCCCUUUAGGAAAUAUGUGCUGGUUUUUAAAGGCAAGCGCUAUCUGACUGGGAUUGGAUCUGAUACCAGGAAUGCGCUUUAUCACAUCCAUAAUGCUGAAGACGUGGUUCUCCUCACCACAUGCAAACAUGGCAAAGACUGGCAGAAACAUAAAGAUGCUCGCUGCGACAAGGACAAUGCUGAAUAUGACAGGUAUGACUAUAAAGAAAUGCUGCAUAACUCCACUUUUUGUCUCGUGCCUCGAGGACGCCGCCUGGGCUCUUUCCGUUUCCUGGAGGCUCUGCAGGCUGCUUGUGUUCCCGUCAUGCUCAGUAAUGGCUGGGAGCUUCCCUUCUCAGAGAUCAUCGACUGGCACACGGCCGCUGUCAUUGGGGACGAGAGACUUCUUCUACAGAUUCCAUCGACGGUUCGCUCCAUCCAUCAAGAUCGUAUUCUGUCUCUCCGCCAGCAGACGCAGUUCUUGUGGGAAGCGUAUUUCUCUUCUGUGGAGAAAAUUGUGCUCACUACACUGGAGAUCAUUCAGGACCGUGUGUUGCAGCACAACGCCCGCAGCACUCUGAUGUGGAACCGGUUGCCCGGAGGACUUUUCACUUUGCCCCAAUACUCGUCCUACCUGGGCGAUUUUCCCUUCUUCUACGCUGUACUCGGUGUUAAACCACAGCAGAAGUUCACAGCCGUCAUUCACGCUGUCACGCCUCUCGUAUCUCAGUCUCAACCGAUUUUCAAGUUGCUAGUGGCUGUGGCCAAAUCACAGUACUGUGACCAGAUCGUUGUUCUGUGGAACUGUGACAAGCCUCUUCCUGCGAAGCACCGCUGGCCCGCCACCUCUGUUCCAGUCAUCGUAAUCGAGGGCGAGAGCAAGGUGAUGAGCAGCCGAUUCCUGCCCUAUGAGAACAUCAAAACUGAUGCAGUCUUGAGUCUGGAUGAAGACACUGUGCUCUCAACUACAGAGGUGGAUUUUGCCUUUACGGUUUGGCAAAGUUUCCCAGAGAGGAUCGUGGGAUACCCCGCACGGAGCCAUUUCUGGGACUCUAACAAGGAGCGCUGGGGCUACACCUCCAAGUGGACCAAUGACUACUCCAUGGUGCUGACUGGAGCUGCUUUCUACCACAGGUAUUAUAACUACUUGUAUACACAAUACCUGCCUGGCAGCUUAAAGAGUAUGGUUGACCAGCUCUCAAACUGUGAAGACAUCCUCAUGAACUUCCUGGUGUCUGCUGUUUCUAAGAUGCCUCCUAUCAAGGUCACUCAAAAGAAGCAGUACAAGGAGACGAUGAUGGGACAGACAUCCCGGGCAUCACGCUGGGCAGAUCCUGACCACUUUGCCCAGCGGCAGACAUGCAUGAACAAAUUUGCCAGCUGGUUUGGCACCAUGCCCCUGGUCCAUUCGCAGAUGAGACUGGAUCCCGUUCUGUUCAAGGACCAGGUAUCGAUACUGCGCAAAAAGUACAGAGACAUCGAGAGACUCUGACGAAGCUGAGAAACCCUUUCCCUCUGAACGGGGAUGGGAAACGGCAUCCGAAAACCCCCCCAGAACCCUGAAAACCAGAUCAACAGGGAUAAAACGGGCACGGAAACCCUCAGGGAGGGAGCGCAUCGAGAUUGGGGGAAGUGUUGUGCUGCAAGAAGAUCCAUCUGUUAGAGAUCGUCACUAACUAUAAAUAUAUGAAAGCAAGAGGUUCGAUGCAAGACCACUUUGACGUUAUUUGGCUGAGUUUAGCACAACACAAAGACACGCCAAUAUUGGCAGCUUUCUGUCUUCCACACCCCCCUCUUGUAAUACUUUGCCAAUGACAACGGUGACCAUGGCAAAUUAGCCAAUGCCGGGCAGCCACACACACAUCCACAUGCAGUCAGAAUAUAGACUACCGCUUAACUUCAGGAUCAGAUCUCUCCAUGUUAGAUGUGUGAUACGCCUGGCUGGAAGGGUUGCCCGCAGUCCAGCCGUGCAUAUUUAUUCAGUCUGCCUUCGGCAAGCGUUACGCCCCUCUUGAAGAUGCAGGACGACGUCCCGCGGAGAAGUCAAGCGUGCGAAACACCGCACACAAUGUCACAGUGCCUGAGCUUUCAGAUGGACCGUAUCUGGGAGUCCAAAGGGGUUUUGUGUGAAUGCAAAAACACCUUGUUCAUGCUGCUUAUAUUUGGAUUCAAAUGUAGGUGUUCCACAAAUUGGCCCAAAGUUUAGAUUGAUUUUUUUUUUUUUUCUAUACAAAUCUUUUGGUGUUUUUUGUCAAAGUGACAUAAUUUUAGUAUUUUUUAAUGAUUUAGACACAAUGUUGCAAACAUCUAAUUUUCUUUCUGGUUUUGUUGCGAGUCUUACGAGUGUAAUGCCAUAUCAGACGCCACGUUCACACUGCAGCGAAUUCAGAUCUCACUCCACUUCUGACUUACCUUGGUCUUAAUUUGUUUUUUGUUUUUUUUGGAAGUGACACAUAUUUACAUCCAAAAUGUUCAUAUAAUGACAACCACUUUUACAAUUCAGAUGAAUGAUAACUAGUUGUUAAUGCAGCGAUGCCACUUGUUUAGUGACAAACAUGGAGGGGCUUCAAACACCAAAUCUGUUGACGGUGGUUUUAAAAUAAAAAAAAAAAAUGUAAAAAUGUUCAUACCCAUUCUAAUCUCCGCUCACUAAUGUUUCUUUCUUUAAAACACCAAACAUUUUAAAUUCUGUUGCAAUCCAUUUCUCUUUUAUUGUCAGUUUUGACAAGUCAGCCAGAGUUUAUGUGGCUACUACGUAGGUUUUCCAUAAAUUGGCCCAAAUUUUUUGAUUUUUCUUUCUUUCUAUACAAGCCUUUUAGUGUAUUUUGUUAAAUUGACAUAAUUUUAGUAUUUUUUUUUUUAAUGAUUUAGACACAUUUUUUAAUGAUUUAGAUGUCGCAAACAUCUCAUUGUCUGUCUGGUUUUGUUGCGAGUCUUACAAGUGUAAUACCAUAUCAGAGGCCACGUUCACACUUAAGCUAAUUCAGAUGUCACUCCACUUCUGACUGCUUCAUCUUUGUCUGAACUUGGAGUGACAAAUACAUUUUACAUCUCAAUAAAGUUCACAUAGUGACAACCACUUUUACAAAUCAAUCUAAUAAUAACAAAUAGUUCAUGCAGACAUCACUUGUCUAAUGACAAACAUGGAGGGACUUAAAACAGGUGGUUUACUAACAUUUUUGAAUGCUAGCACAUCUUUGUUCACUAAUAUUUCUUUCUUUAAAUGGAUGUUCCAAUCCAUUUGUUUAAAUCUCUUUAUAUUUUUUCUAAAGGUUCAAUAAAUGGUUAAAUUUCAGAAAACUAGAUUCAAUAAUCCCUAUGUUGUUUCAGUAUGUACGUGGCUAGUAUGUAUUUCAAGAAUCACUCGCUCAGCGGCUCGAGUCAAAGCACAGGAUGUGUAGUUGUAAAGAGAUAUUUAACACUAGUUUCGCAUUUACUCUCGCAAAUCAAUGAAACGUCUGAAAAUGCUUGAUUACGGGAGGACGUCAUUCACUCAAAGCUUCACGUCGAGUUUUGAGAACGUUUUCCAUUGAUUUUCUGUUAAGAAAGAACUAUUAACUCAUUAUCACUCCUGUUUUUCUCGGAUUGGGAUGGAUAGAGCUGGCUGUCUCAGUGGAGACCGAUUCAAAAGUACUUUUGUCCAAAAUCCAUACACUUGGUCUUUAGUCAGGGCAGAUGCUAUAUUUAAUGUUCUUGAAGGACAGGCGUACAGUUUCAGUGGGUCGCACUGUUUUGUUGUCAAGAAAAAUACUUAUUUUUGACGUGAUAUAGCACCUUAAACAAUCUACCAUAUUCAACCAACUGUAAAUUAAAUAUGGCAUCUAUAUUGACUUAAGAUUUAAAGUCCCUACAAUUACAAAAAAAAUUAAAAAUACUAUAUGCAGUGCUUUUGUAAGAGCAUUUUCCCUAUUAAAGACAGUAGGAUUGAAUAUUAUACAUUGAUGGUUUGGAACAUGUGACGAUAUAAAUGUGUGAACUGGUAGUGAUUUUGCUUGACCAUUAAUAUAAUACCUAUAUUUGCAUGGCGAUCAUCUGAUAGGACUGCUUUAUUUUAUUGACACAAGAAAGAAACAUGGAGUAAUGUGACAAUACAGAACAAAAUGUCCGAAAUCAUUUAAGAUGAGGAAAAACCUAUUUAGGAGUGUUGACUUGUUUGACAUUAAUGUAGAAUUGAACUGAUGUGCAUGAAUUGGGCCGAAAGUGUGGCAAACAUCUUUCCAAAUAAGAUAUCGCUAUUAUGAGGUUCUAGUCACAUAUAUCAGGAUUCAAUCAGGCUUUUCUCUCUUUUUUUUUUUUUUUUGUCUCAAAUGAAUGUGCCUUUUCUCAAGACACUUCUGCAUUAUUUUGUUAGCCUUCAGCACCACAAUCUCCUCUAUAGCGUUGAUCAUACAUAUCGUCUCUCUGUUCUUGUUCACUUGGUUUAGUUUUCUUUGUCAAACACUGGAGUUAUUCUGAUGGUUCAGUACUGACAUUCCUGCCUGUUUUGUAGGAAACAUCUCGGUCGCUCUUUCACUCUGCCUCAUGUUUGUACUUGUAUUUAGCACCCAUGAGGAUUCAUGUAUUUAUUCAUGUAUUAUUUCAUCCUUGGACCCUGUAAAGACUUUUAUUUUACAUCAUUACAAACAAUAAAAGGAAAGUUGGAGUUUUUUAAGAUCUAAAAGUGAUUUUAUAAAAAAGAAAUAAAUGAUAUUUGAUACA